AUGAGCUCCCCGCAGGAUCGUGUGGGCCGUGUGAUCCACCACAAGGAUUAUUACUUGCGUGGUGGGGAUAUGAAUGUGUUGAUCGGGAACUAUCACUACCGCAUACACAGCCACUUCUUCUACCGUGAAUCGUUGAUAUGGCGCCAGAUGCUAGAUGCCUCCCCCGAUGGUGGGGAGCACGGCACGACUGAUGCUCCGAGUCCAUUCACCCUCGACGACGUCAAAAGUGAAGACUUUGACCGCUUCCUCUGGGUGAUAUAUAAUCCCCAAUAUUCACUCUACGAUGCCCCCGCUGAGACAUGGCUAAGCAUCCUAGACCUAGCUCAUCGAUGGAACUUCUGUAACAUUAAAGACUUCGCUAUUCGCGAGCUCGAGAAACUCAACAUCGAGCCGAUCGACAAGAUCGUGGCAUACCACGAUUAUAAGAUCAACAAAACUCUCCUUCUCCCUGCAUACAUCGCGAUGUGCAAACGUGAAAAGCCUCUGUCCCUUGCAGAGGGUACAAAGCUCGGAAUGGAAACCGUCCUCCGCCUUGCCGACGCACGCGAGCGUGCUCGGCAGCAAGCCGCGGAGAACGGCAUUCGCUCGCCAACGUUCGACGAUUUCCAGGAUAUACAGAUGGAGGAUAUGGUAAGGGAGGUGUUUGGCAUUCCGCCGAGACCGAUGUCGCCCGGGUGGCACUCCAGAAACUCGUCCGGUGUGAUCAACGGUUUCGGCGGGACGCUCCAUCAGAAUGGCUUUGGCUUCACUCAGAAAGCCAAUGGAGAGACAACAUCUGGCUUGAAUGGUCAGAAUGGUCAUGAUUCAACGACCCACAAGCCAUUUGAAUCCUUGCACGUACUUACUGGCGCGACGGAGCCACCUGCAACUAAUGGUUCAACGACCAAGACUGAGGGCAAGAAGCCACAAGCUCCAUCAAAAGACGAUAAACCCUCGUCUGAAGCGAACGGGGCUUCUUCCCAACAAGCUCCGUCUGGUGCCGCUGACAACAAAGGAGGCGCGGCGGGUAAGGCUAAUGGCGCAGGUGAGUGA